CGGUUGCUCGUCAAAACUUCUCUACACUUCAAACCCGAUCGACAACUCCUAGGAGGCUCUUGAGGAUUACUGCAACAUUCUCUGACUCUCCGGUCCAUGCCUGCAGAACACAGCCGAAUCAUGUUGUGCCCCUCGGAGUGCGGUGCAUUGCCAUCUGUCGUCUGCCCGGAUCGCAGCGUCUCCAACUACCCACACAUGCCUGCUCCCAGCAUCUGGGACAAAAAGGCCUACCCAUCACUCUACAAACUCAUCCAAGACUACUCAUUGGAAAAAAACUUGCAAAGGAUGAAUUCUUGUUUCACGGCAAUCAGGCAUCCAGAACCUAACAAAGAACCAUAUUUACCAUUAGAUCCAAGGCAAUGGAGUCGGGAGGACGUCGCUCGCUGGAUCCAGUACACCUGCUCCAACCACCAGCUGCCUUCGGUCCAUCUGGACCGCUUCCCUCAUACGGGAAAAGCCCUCUGCCUCAUGAGCAUCGACAUGUUUGUCAGCAGAGUGCCACUCGGGGGCAAGUUGCUCUACAAAGACUUUCAGCUGAGGCUCAGUCGCGCUCUAUACUGCUGAAGACAGUCAAGUAGUGCACAAUGGACUAGAGUGUACCUCAUCCGCAUAACAGCCGGACAUCUGCUGCGUUCUGUUAAUGCAGGAAUUCACUUGGAACUGAUAGUGGGGUUAUAAGUAGCAAUUUACCGCCCUAAGCCAGGGCUAAGGAUACGCGUAAUAUACCGACAAUCCAUUAUGACGUCCAGAGACUGCAGUUUCAGGUUAACUGAGUCAGAAAUUACCUAAGAUUGCCAGAAAAACUGGUAGUUUUUACUAAUUUAGCACAUUUGCGAGAGUCCGCAAGAAAUGGUACGGUUUAACUCUAAAAUGAAAGUAAUUCAUUUACCUUCUAUAACCUCAAUAAAAUGAAGGUAAAUUAAUUAGUUAUUUUGAGCUAAGUUAAUUUAAGCAGCAAUUUAUUGGUAAAAUCAGCUUCAAACCAGAGAACAUCUGCCUCCAGUUUGGUUUUUGACUAUUCAGACUGAUGAGUCCAGAACAGGGACGAAACUGCAGUCUCAGGAUGUCAUAACCGGGCUGUUAGUAAUAUUGCACGUAAUUUUGGAGUGAUCAAGGAAAAUCAAAUCUUCAUGUGAUGGCAAAAGAUCUACCCGAUCUGAAAGUGUUUUCCUCUUUUGUAAUUUGAAAGCAAUCAAACUGAAAUUAUUUUCACAGCUGUUAUUGAAAAGAAAUCAAGGCUUCAAAAGUCCAUUAUUCCCCCCCCCCCCCUAAUAAUAAUAAUAAUAAUAAUAGCGCAUUUGUAAUUUGAUCAAAAUAAUGUUUACAAUGAAAAAAAAAUUUUUACAAUGAAAAAAAAAUGGAUUGAAAUAAUUGACUUUUUUAAUGAAAAUUUAUCAACACAACUAUUUGUGCUACAUAAUGACUGUUUAGGCAGUAAACCUCUAUACCUUUCUACCGGAACAAACUAUGAGGACAAUACGUUUUCAGCUUUGAAAAAGGGUUCUUUGCAACCUCGAAACAUGUGCUUAAUAAUGUUGUUCUGUUUUAAUAUAAUAAUUUCUUCUACAUUAUCAUCUUUCAACUGACACUUUUCAAGUCCUGACAUCAAUCCGGACAUCUAAUAACCCAAAUUAUUAUACGAGUAUGCAGGUGCGACUCGAUGGGAGGUCACUGAGGUCACUUCCAAAAAUUUCCUUAUUCGGCAAAUUUUGUCUGUUUAUUCGGCAAAAUUUGGAGUUCCACUUAGAAAAAUUACCAUCAAUCAUUAAAAUUUAGCCGAAUUCCAUUCGGCAAGAGUUCUAUUCAGCAAAUUGAGGAUUUUUGCAAAUUUAAGUUCGGUGCGCCUAUGCGAGUAUGCCAUAGUAAUAGCUGUUAGAAUUUCAAAAUGUUCUCGUCGUAUUUUUUUAAUUUUUUUUUUCUACCAAUGUUCGCAAUUUUUUUAACGUAUGGUGUUGGUUAUGAGAAUGAUAUAACUGUCCUAAGGUUAUCUUUCU